ACGGGUCCUGGGCGGCCCGGAGAGCUGUGCCCGCCUCUUUCCUGCCACUGCGGCCCGGGGCGGGGAGGGAGGAUCCAAGCCCAGGAGAGAAGGAGCGGGAGAAGCUGGCGGGUCAUGCCCUGGUCGCUCCACGCCGUGCUCUUCAGGGACCUGGUCCUGGGCGUUUUGGGCACCCUCGCCUUCCUGAUCGACCUGGGCGCCGACCUGUGGGCGGCGAUCCAGUAUGUGCUUAGCGGUCGCUACCUGUGGGCCGCGCUAGUGCUGGCGCUCUUGGGCCUCGCCUCGGUCGCGCUGCAGUUCUUCAGCUGGGUCUGGCUGCGCACCGACCCCACCGGCCUGCACGCGUCGCAGCCCCCAGGCCAGCGCCUGGCGCUGUUGCACCUCCUGCAGCUGGGCUACCUGUACAGGUGCAUGCAGGGGCUGCAGCAGGGGCUGCUGGUGUGGCGGCAGGAGGUGCCCUCCCAGUUCGACUUGGACUACGCCGACUUCCUCUCCCUGGACAUCAGCAUGCUGCGGCUCUUCGAGACCUUCCUGGAGACGACGCCGCAGCUCACGCUGGUGCUGGCCAUCGUGCUGCAAAGUGGGAGCACCGAGUACUACCAGUGGGUCAGCAUCUGCACAUCCUUUGUGGGUAUCUCGUGGGCACUGCUCGACUACCACCGGGCCUUGCGCACCUGCCUCCCCUCCAAGCCCCUCCUGGGGCUGGGCGCCUCUGCGAUCUACUUCCUGUGGAACCUGCUGCUCCUGUGGCCCCGAGUCCUGGUCGUGGCCCUGUUCUCGGCCCUCUUCCCCCGCUAUGUGGCCCUGCACUUCUUGGGCCUGUGGCUGGUGCUGCUGCUCUGGGUCUGGCUUCAGGGCACGGACUUCAUGCCAGAUCCCUGCUCUGAGUGGCUGUACCGGGCGACGGUGGCCACCAUCCUUUAUUUCUCCUGGUUCAACGUGGCUGAAGGCCAUACCCGAGGCCGUGCUGCCAUCCACCUGGGCUUCCUCCUGAGUGACAGCCUUCUCAUAGUGGUCACCUGGGCGACUCACGGUACCUGGCUGCCCAGUGGGCUCCUGCUGCAGGUGCUGCUGCCUGUGGCCGGGGUCUGCUCCCUUUUGGGGCUGGCUCUCCGGCUUGUCUACUACCGCUGGCUGCACCCUAGCUGCCACUGGGAGCCUGACCGGGUGGAUGGGACUCGGGGUCUCUACUCCCUGGAGGGGCGUCAGCUGCCUCAGAACAGGCGCAUGGUCCAGUUGGCUAAGAACUUCUUCCCCAGGGAUAGGGAUAAGUCUGCUUUGCCAUGGAAAGGAGAGGUGAAUGGUGUCCUUUGAGGCCGGGUAAGACCCAGCCAGGGGACUCAAGGACAGGUGGAAUCAGUUGGUAGAUUUUAGGAGAAGAUAAGCUACUUAUGCUGCUAUGGGCCCUGAUUCACUCAACAAGUACUUGAUGCCUGAUCUGUGUCAGGCAUCAGAGACAAGAAUUGAGUAAGACAGAGGCCUGCCCUUAAGGAUGAGAACAAGAUGAGAAGGGUGGACCCUGGAGGGUCAAGGGCCCCAGUUACGUAUGAAACACUUUGAGAGGAAAGAAGAAAUCUCCUUUCCCUCCCCCACAACCUGUAUAGCCGGUACCCAAAGUGUCCCAGGGUUGGUAUUUUUACUUCCCUGGAUACCUCUGAAAUAACUGGUGGAGAUGCUGUCCCACCUUGGUUCCUCCAUCCUGGACUGGAAGGCCCCAGGACCUCCAGGCUGUGUUCGCUGGAAUUCUUUCUCUCCUGCCCAACCCUGGUCACUCACUUCAUUCAGCAAAUGUUUACUGAGGGGCAUUUUCUGUGCCAGGAGCAUUAUUCUCGCUUUGGCAGAUCAGCUGCCACUCCAGCUUCCUCCCUCACCCUCUCCAGCUGCUCCGGAGCAGGUGCUCAUGCUGGCAGCCAGGGAUGCCCAACUGGCUGGCCCUGCUAGCCCCCCUCCAAGGCCUUAGUGCAGCUGGCCCGGCCUCUGUCCCUGCUCUCAAGGGACGACCUUUCAAUGAGGUGCCUUGUGAACCUGUGCUCUGGGCCAAGACUCAGCCCAUUGAGUAUUUUCUUUAUACUUUAGGCGGUGUAUUUUUCUACCUCAGAGUCUAUGGGGAAGGAAGAGGUGUGUAUUACCUGUCUCCGUAAUGAGAGACACGUGUAUGUUGUUUUUGUUGAACAGUAUUAUUAGAUUAUUAAAACCUCAUGAAAUCCUC